AUGUUGCCUCAGGACAAAAGCCAGGCGCCGCAGGACCCAGUGCCCGCCGGGUGCCCCCCUCGGGGCCUCUCGCCACUCACGGGCUCCUCGGCCCCGGGCCUCCAGCCCCUGCCCACCUCCCGCCCACCUGUCUCCUCUCCCACUCCGCCCCCCUUCCUCUUCCCCACUUCUCCCCGCUCUCCCGGCUUCCAGUUCUGCUCUUCUGACUCCAACUCGGACUCCGCCCCGCGCCCCUGCUCCUCCUCUCCCGCGACCUCCCCCGCCCUCUUCCACCAGAACCACCUCUCCCUCUCCCCACCACGGUCCUCCUCGCCCCCUAGCCGCUGUCUGUGCCCCAGCCCACCCUCGCGGCAGGCGUGGCGCUGGCAGCAGCACCCGGACCCCGCGCGCCCUGGGGCGGCGGGGAGGUGCGCGGCCAGCGAGAGGGGCCCCGUGGAGCUCGGGGACCCGGGGGCCCUGGCCCAGGCCCUGGCGGCCCGCCUGGGCUGCCGCAGCAUCGCCCGCGACCUGCGGCUGCUGCUGCUGCAUCGCUUGUCUCUCGGAGAACUUUGCAUGUACCCGAACUAG